AUGGCUGAGAUCCGCCGAAAGCUCGUCAUCGUCGGCGACGGUGCCUGCGGUAAAACCUGCUUGUUGAUUGUUUUCUCCAAGGGAACCUUCCCCGAGGUCUACGUCCCCACCGUUUUCGAGAACUAUGUCGCCGAUGUCGAGGUUGAUGGCAAGCACGUCGAGCUGGCCCUGUGGGAUACGGCUGGCCAAGAGGACUACGACCGUCUCCGACCCCUUUCUUACCCCGACUCCCACGUCAUCCUGAUCUGCUUCGCGAUCGACUCGCCCGACUCCCUCGACAACGUCCAGGAGAAGUGGAUCUCCGAGGUCCUUCACUUCUGCCAGGGCCUGCCCAUCAUCCUGGUUGGCUGCAAGAAGGAUCUGCGAUACGACCCCAAGGUUACCGAGGAGCUGCGCAAGACUAGCCAGAAGCCCGUCACUGCCGAAGAGGGCGAGGAAGUUCGCAAGAAGAUCGGUGCCUACAAGUACCUCGAGUGCUCGGCCAAGACCAACGAGGGCGUCCGCGAGGUGUUUGAGCAUGCUACCCGCGCGGCCCUGCUCUCUCGCAGCAGCCGCAAGAGCAGCCACAAGAAGUGCCUCGUGUUGUAA